AUGGGUUGGCUCCACCGUGCAUCCAACCCAUUCGACUUCCUGCUCUACCACCCGCACCACAAGUCGAAGUGGCUCAUGCUGUGGGAACUCCAUUCUCUGUGGAUUAAUGUGUGGAGACAAUGGUCGGCUACACUGAUGGAUGGUCGCAUUCAGCUGCCCCACUUCAGCGCGACUAUUAUGAGUCUCCCAGUGUGGCUUACAACAUUCGAGCGGUCCAUGUCGAAUGGGAAAUGUGCUGCCAGCAUCGUCAACUCGCCCACCACUCGUCGAUGGUGUAGCCAUGGUGCACUCAACCAGCUACGCUGUCUAGCUGACAUCGUCGCUGUGCAUGGUCGAUGGCCGACUCGUGCAGAGUUCAUGGCGAUGAUGUCUGAUCGAAACCCAGCUGCCCAAGUGGAGAUUGGCAUGGAUGGACGCAUGCAAUGGGCGACUGUGUGCCGAUCCGGGAUGCUUUACAACCACCUCACCUGUGUCCAUACCAACGUCCUGGGGCUCAACCAGCCGCCUCCCCCGGCCACCCCAGCCCCCCCCACGGCCCGACACCCAUUCUAUGGCCUGGCUAAGGAUGCCCCCGUACACCAUGCCCCCAUCCAUGAGGGACACCACCCCAUGUCCAGCACAGCCCGUGCGACUACUGCGGCUAUCCACAGCUAUGUCAAGCGUGUCAGGCGGACAUGUCGGAUUCCUCCCCCGGUGCAGGGUGAUGUGUGGCUACGCCUACUGUUCCGCAUGCUCCCUGUGAACUGCCGUUUUGCCCACCUCCAACCUUCGUUCCAUAGCGGGGGCGGCAGUCUUCCAAAGGAUUUCAUGACGUUCGUCAAGAUGGCACGGCCGCGUCCAUUGCUGUUGUGCGUGGUGUGUGGAACGAGUACUGCAACUAUGGAACAGUCACCCAGGCUCAACCUGCUGCCAACAGGUCAACUCACCCAUCACGGGUCCCACGCACAACUGAAAACGUUGCACUAG